AUAAGUUCCGUAGCCACCUACCACUCAGACUAUUUAUUCAAGUCAAGUGAAGUAAGACCCUCCCUUUUUUCAUAAUAUCUUUGCUGCUUCGACUUGAAUCUUGUAACUUGCGUUUUCCAAUCGACCUCCUCACAUUUUGGUUUGUAAUUAAUUCCAUGGGAGAGGAAAAGAAAGCUGGAGAAGGUGUUGAAGAGAAGAAGGAAAACGAAAGUAAUGAAGAAAAGAGUAACGAAAAUAUAAUCGUAAUCAAAGUUGACAUGCAUUGUCAAUGUGAGGCUUGUGCCAAGAAGAUUUUCAGAUCCCUUAAAGCUUAUCAAGGGGUGGAAGAUGUGGCGGUGGAUCGAAAAACGAACAUGGUGGUCGUAAAAGGGAAGACGGCUGAGCCUAUGAAAUUAUGUGACAGAAUCCGCCACAAAACGGGCCGAAAUGCCCAUUUAUUGUCUCCUUUGCCCAAGCCUCAAGAGGAGCAACCCAAAGAGGAUGAGAAUAAGGUCCAAAAGGAACAACAACAAAAAGAACAACCACCUCCUAUAGUAAAAGUUGUUUUACAAGUCUAUAUGCAUUGUGAAGCUUGUGCACAACUUUUACGGAAGCGCAUUCGAAAGAUGAAAGGAAUAGAGUCAGUGGAAACAGAUGUAGGGAAAAGUCAAGUGAUUGUGAAAGGUGUGAUUGGAGAUCCAGAAAAUUUGGUUAAGUAUGUACAUAAAAGGACAAGGAAGCAAGUGUCCUUAGUCAAGGAUGAAGAAGAUAAAAAACAAGAUACGAGCACUAGUAGUGAACAAGAGAAGAAAGGAGAAGAUAAAAAAGAAGCAAAAGAGAAUAACAAUAAUGAUGAACAAGUCCCUAAGAAUAAUAUUCCUAUUAUUGAAGAUCAUGCUAAGAUGCUGAUGAUGAUGGGUGAUAUGAAUAGAUCAUACGAUUAUUAUUGGCCAUCUACAACACCAAGGUAUGAUCAUAUGGAGUAUCAUCAUGAUCAACAUCCUAAUAAUCUCAAUCAUCAGCCUCAAAUUUUUAGCGAUGAGAACCCAAAUGCAUGUUCUGUUAUGUGAACAUACAUAACUUUAAUUUCAUGUAUGGAGUAUCUAGCUAUAGCUAUAGUUGCAUUAAUAAUUGUUUGUUAGUAUGAUAAUAUGAUUAAGACGUCUUUAAUUAGUUUCCCUUGUUUUUUUAGUAUGUUACUGUCUAUAGUCUAUAUUCAACAAGACAUGAUAAAUUUAAUUAUAUGCACUAUUUUUUUUCUAUCAA